AUGAAUCAGUUCAAACCACUCAUUCUUUCUUCAAGUGAACCAAAACGAGUAGCAAAUAUCCAGAAGUGUAUCCGUGCUGGCGGAAAACACAACGAUUUGGAUGACGUUGGGAAAGACUUACAUCAUCAGACAUUUUUUGAAAUGAUGGGAAAUUGGUCGUUCAAUGAUGCGUUUUCGAAACAAGAAGCAUGCCAAUUCGCGUGGGAUUAUCUGGUGAAGACUCUCAGCAUUGACUCCGAUAGAUUGUAUGUUUCCUAUUUCGGUGGUAUCGAGAGGCUUGGGCUGCCAGAAGAUCGAGAAUGUCGAGAAAUAUGGAAGAGAAUAGGAAUUCCUUCUGACCGAAUUCUUCCAUUUGUGGCCGAGAACUUUUGGGAGAUGGGAUCAGCGGGACCCUGUGGACCAUGUACUGAGAUUCAUUAUGAUCGAAUUGGAGGAAGAAACGCAUCUAGUCUCGUGAACAUUGAUGAUUCUGUUGUUGAAAUUUGGAAUAUUGUAUUUAUGAGCAACAUCCGAGAUUCAUCCGGACAUAUUCACAAUUUGGGAAAGAAUCAUAUCGAUACAGGAAUGGGAUUUGAACGCCUUCUAUCAGUUGUCCAAAACAGAAACUCCAAUUUCGAUACUGAUGCUUUCACUCCGAUUCUUGAUAAAAUUACAUCGUUAACGAAGAAUAAACUGAAAUACAAUGGUACACUAUCAUCACGAGAGGACGCAGUUUUCCGUUUAGUUGCGGAUCAUGUGCGUGCUGCGACUGUAGCCAUCAGUGAUGGUGCUAUUCCAGAUGGAACUGGCAGUGGAUUCAUAGUACGGAAAAUGAUGAGACGCUCAUUUCUUCAAGGAAACUCAAAACUUGGAAUAGAGAGAUUUGGAUUGAGCGAUCUCGUUCCAGUCGUCAUCUCCACAAUGAAAGAAGUCUAUCCAGAAAUUGAAAAAUCAUCAAACGAAAUUAUCAAGACAUUCAAAGAUGAAGAAACUCAAUUUUGGAAAACUGUCGAUAAGGCAAAGAAAAUGUUUGAUGGUGUUGCCAAUGAAAAUAAAUCACCCGUGAUAUCUGGAAGAAAGGCAUUCAAUCUGUUUGAAACACAUGGAUUACCGUUAUCGGUUACUGUAGAAAUGGCAAGAAAUAUUGGAAAAGAAGUCGAUGAAAAAGAGUUCGAGAGAUGUCAACUGGAAGCACAGAAACUAUCUCAAAAAGCUUCUCAGCUCAAAUUGCCGGUUUCUGCUAGUGAUUUUCCGACACAUACGGAUAAUGAUAAAUACUCAUACACCUACAAAAAUGGUAGAUACGAGUUUCCAAAAGUACAAACUCGAAUUCUUGAAGUAUACAAAAAUCAGGAAAAAGCGAAUUGUUUGAAUGAAAAUGAGAAGGGUUUCGUUGUGCUGGAAAACUGUCAGUUCUAUGGAGAGCAGGGUGGACAGACCAGUGAUACUGGAAAGCUUCUUAUUGAUAAAAAAGAAAUAUUCGAAGUCGAAAGCGCCAAGAAAUUGGAGAAUGGAGCGGUCACCGUACUCUUUGGUCGUGCGCUUCAACCGAUUCAAAGAGAUUUACGAGUGGAGCAGCAGCUGGAUGAGAAAAAAAGAGAAGGAGUGAUGAAGGCUCAUUCGGCAACCCAUUUGCUCAAUUGGGCAUUGCAAAAGAGUGGGCUUGGAUGCGGCCAGAAGGGUUCAUCUGUUGACUGCAAUCGACUACGCUUCGAUUAUUCCACAAAAGAUGAUGUACUGGAGAAAGAACAAAGAUCGGAAGUUCUGAAACAGUGCGAAGAGAGAAUGAACGAAUUCAUUCGACACGGAGGAGAAACAAUUAUUUUAGAAACAACGAUAGAAGAAGCGAAGAAGAUCGAAAAUCUACAAUCUGAUGUUAAAGAAGACCGAAUCGGAAAUUCUACAGUACGCGUAGUGUCACUCGGAAUCGGUAGAGAUGUGCCAGUAGAAUGUUGUUCUGGAACACAUGUACAUGAUGUCAAAGUGAUUGAAGAUAUUGCCAUUAUGUCUGAUAAAUCAAUGGGUCAACGGCUUCGGAGAAUCAUUGCAGUGACUGGCGAAGAAGCUCAAAAAUGUAGAGAAUAUGCUGAAACUUCAUAUAAAGAUUUGAAAUCAAAAGAACCAAAAGAACGAAGUAAAAUUGCUAAGAAUAUGAACUUGGUAAAAACCAGUUUCCUUCUUCUUUUUUUGACAUUGAACUGUGUAUUUUGUGACACGGAUUCUCCAACUACAGACGAUCCAACUGAUGGCGUGGUGAUUCCAACUAAAUUAGGAUAUCUUCGAGGAGUUCGAGUUUCGACGAAGACAGGAUUUCUCGUUGAUUAUUUCAAAGGAGUUCCGUUUGCAGAGAAGCCAGAGAGGCUGAAAAAAUCAAGACUAGUUAAACGUUGGCCUGAUAUAUAUAGAGCUCAGAAAUAUCCGAAGAAGUGUAUUCCAGCGACUCGACCACUGAAUGAUUCGGAGUACAGUGAGGACUGUUUAUACUUGAAUGUUCUGAAACCAAGUGGACUUAAUACCCAUCUGCUUCCCGUAGUAGUUUUCAUUCAUGGAGGAGGAUUUCAAGAGGGCGAUGGAAAUGAUGCGAGUUGUGAAGCAUUUGCUGAGAACUUUGUUAGCAAAGGGAUGGUAGUCAUCACCAUUCAGUACCGUCUCGCCAUGCUUGGAUUCCUUUCUCUUGGAUGUACUGACCCUCUCAUUCCUUGCAAUCUAGGUCUUUGGGAUAUGGUCACUGCAUUCCAAUAUAUAAAUAAAACCAUCUCUGAUUUCGAUGGAAAUGUGAAUGAUAUCACAUUGAUGGGUCACAGUGCAGGUUCAAUGGCUGUCAGUUUACAUUCAUUAUCACCAAUUUCAUCAAUUUACUUCAAAAAAUAUAUUCAAUUAAGUGCGUCAAGUUGGAGUUUGACACGAUAUAAACAACAGAAUAUCGAUGUAACAAAACGAAUUCUUCACGAUUUGAACUGCAACAUUUCGAGUUCAAAACAAAUUCUGGAUUGCGUAAAUUACUCUUCACUAGAUUCCAUGUACUCUGCUCAGAUCGAUACAAAUUUGUGGCCAGAAUUCGGGGAUGAUCUGAUUCCAGAUAUCCCUGAUAAUCUUGUGAAUACCACACAGAAUCAAAAAGUUUUGAUGGGAGUUAUGACAUUGGAAUCAUUAUAUUUCACCUAUCUGAAGUCUAAUCCUGAAAUGUUUCCGAAUAUCAAGAGGAGUACUGUAGAAGAAUAUAUAAAUUCAUCAGUUGCCAUUCAAUACGGAGUGAAUUCAGAUGCAGCAUAUGAUAACUUGACUGAAUAUUAUCUAUCUGGAAAUGUGUCUGAAAGUGAUUAUUCGUAUUUCAUGUGGCAACGUUCAAAGAUUGACUCGAAUAUGGUAUUCGAUAUGCCAAUUCUUCGAGAAGCUCAUGCGAGAUCUCUAGUAUCCCCAAAUCUAUAUCUUUACCAUUUCUCAUAUUUCAAUCCCGCCGAAUUCGAUAAAGACUUCCCGGUUCAGGCCACUUAUCACUGCCAUGAAUUCCCGUAUAUUUGGGGAGUUUACAAGGAUAAAAUCUUCGAAUUUAAUGAUGAUGAUAGAAAAGUUUCCGCUUUCCUCAUAACUUCUUUGACUAAUUUCAUUAUGACUGGGGAUCCUUCGAGUUCUGAUUUCAAAUGGCCUCGAUAUGAUUCGGAUGUUACUCAUACUGUUAUUCAACCCAUCCCAUCCACUGACAAAAAUCUCUUCCAAUCUGACUAUAACUUCUGGAACUCGAUGGAGCAACGUUUCCAAUUCGAUCUCAUAACUGGCCUCACAGUAGAAACUCGAUACGAAACCACGACUCGUGUUUCCUCGUCAAUCUCCACUUUACUGAUCGUACUUCCUACUAUCAUAAUUGCACUAGCAUAA